UUUAACGUUUCUCCACGUGUUUCUCUCAGCUCUCCCCCUUUUGUUCAAAACUUAAAACUUAAAACCCCCACGUCACAGCCUCACAGUCUCCGCGACCAAAGAAACCCACCAACCGCCAUCAUGACGGCCGCUUUCCGCCGGAGCACCAACCUCACUCGCCUGUUACACAAGAACUCCAUCACCGACCCGAUCGCGCCCCGGAGACUGCUCCAAACCCAAACCCAAACCCAGACCCCCUCCAAAGCCUACCUCCGCUUCCCUCAAGUCUUCCGCAAAGCCAGAGACUACGACCUCUCCCCCUCCGUCUUCUCCUCCGCCUUCUCCUCCUCCAAGUCCUCCGUCGAAGCGCCGUCGGCUUCCAAGUUGGGGUUCGUGGGAUGGUACCUGGGUAUGAUCCAGAGCCGCCCCAUUUUGACCAAGAGUGUGACCGCGGCGCUUAUUUACACCGCCGCCGAUUUGUCCUCCCAGACAUUAGCAAAAUCAUCCUUAUCAGAAUCUUAUGAUCUUGUAAGGACAGCGCGCAUGGCUGGCUACGGGAUGCUGGUUUUGGGUCCGUCGCUGCAUUUCUGGUUCAAUCUCAUGUCGAAAGCUUUGCCGAAACGAGAUAUGUUUUCGACAAUGAAGAAAAUGGCAAUGGGGCAGCUGCUUUACGGACCUACAAUGACGUCUGUUUUCUUCUCCUUGAAUGCAUGUCUACAAGGUGAAAAUGGUGAAGAAAUUGUUGCCCGCCUACAGCGAGACUUGUUCCCUACAUUGUUAAAUGGUGUUAUGUACUGGCCAAUAUGUGAUUUUAUCACAUUCCGAUUCAUUCCUGUCCAUUUACAGCCAUUAGUGAGCAACGGAUUUUCGUAUCUGUGGACCAUUUACAUGACGUACACGGCAGGCUUGGAGAAAGCUGGCACAAGGACGUCCUAGCUGAUUGACUCUAGGCGCCUAUUCUUUUUACUAGUCUCAUCUUCAAGAUUUAGACAUGUCUCAACUACCCUGCUUGGAAGUUGCUUGUCUCAACUACCCUGCUUGGAAGUUGCUUGUGAUGAACCUUCUGGACGCCUGAGCAGAAAUGCGAGCACGACAUCCACAGCCGGACUAUGGUUGAAGGCUUGAAGCACAGGCUAUGAAUCUCGCUCUCAUUGCGAUUCAUUGGUAAUUACAUUCGGAUCGUGUCUUUUCACCAUUCGUGUAAAAGUAUUUAUGCUGUUGGGUCAAGUUUGAGGGUUUUGUAUAAAGCAAUAGGUUGAUGUUGUUGAAGACACCGCAAGUAUCAGUUGGAGUGUCCACGUAAAAAUCUUUACAACAAUUACAAGAGUAAAACGCCAACAAUGAAAUCGCUGACAUUUGAGAAAA